UGUGUCAUGCUGAACGAGAAGCUGGACUCGCUGGUGCGAGAGCUGAAUGAGGAAGCUCAGGCCAUCGUGGUCGCUGAGGGAAUGGCACAAGCCACCCCUGCUGACACCAAGGACCAGGAGAAAAUUGCCGGCUUAAACCCCAGCCCUGUGCCUCGCAUCUUCAAAUCCAAGGAGCAGCUUAUGCUGCGGGCAAACAGCCUGAAGAAAGCCCUGCGGCAAAUAAUUGAGCAGGCGGAGGAAGCUGUGGAUGAGCAGAACAAGCAGACCCAAACCUACCGGAGCAGCACAGGACCCAGCAAGAAGGACAGCUCAGAGGAGCUCAACAAGGAGGAGGAGAGGCUCAUUGCCAGUGUGCAACUGCCUCCCAACCUGCCUGCCCUGUUCGCUGCUUUCAGCCACUUCUUGGAGAAAUGCGUCAUGAAUAACUACUUCGGCAUUGGCCUGGAUGCGAAGAUCUCCCUGGAGUUCAACAAUAAACGGGAUGAGCACCCCAAGAAGUGCAGGAAGCAGGAGGGUUACUACAAGGCUCCAGCUGCUAAUGCCCCUCAGAACUUUGGGGCUCCAUCCUUUGAUGACAAGAAGUUGGAGGUGGUGGCCAUCUUUGGCAGCAUCCAGAUGGCCGUGUCACGGGUCAUCAACCUCCAGCACCAUCGCAUUGCACAGGCAUUUGAAAGCACCCUCAAGUCCUGGGAAGACAAGCAGAAGGGGGAAAGCUACCGAGCGGCUCCCAGGCCACGGCUCAGCUCCCAGCAGUCGAUGGAGAUCCACGAGGCAGCCAAGGCUCACAAAGCUGUGGAGCAGGAGCUGGCACAUGCUGUCAACACCAGCUCCCUGGCACUGAAUGAAGCUCUUUCCAACAAAGCUGCUGGCACCUCAGAGGAGGAGGCACUGCAGGGCCCCCUGGGUGUGCUGGGCCAGGAGCUGCAGAGGCUGCUGGACAUCCACUGGCUGGGGCCCAUUGCCCAUCCCACUGAGGAGGAAAGUGCUGGCAGCACCAACAAGGGCAGCUUCAAGCUUCGCCUCAACAUCCCCAAGCCCAGGAAGGAAAAGGACAAGGUGCAAAAGCAAAAAGCCAACAACAUCCUCCCAGCAGACAAGUGGGGCUCCGAGGAGGUGACAGCUUGGCUGGAAGCACUUGGUUUAGGGGAGUACAGAGACAUUUUUGUCCGGCAUGACAUCCAGGGCUCUGAGUUGAUCCUACUGGAGAGGAGAGACCUGAAGGUACAACCCUCCCUUGACCUGGGGAUCACCAAAGUGGGCCACAUGAAGAGAAUCCUCCAGGCCAUUAAGGAGCUCGGCAACCCACCCUAG